AUGAGUACAAUGAAUAUACCUAAUUCAAGACGAAAAGAACUUAUAGAAUUGAUACAAGCUUUCUUUUUGGAAUCAACUUUUUUGAUUUGCGAAUCAAAUAAUUUAUCUGAAUAUGAGAUAUUGAAUGAAAUAAAACAUUUUGAAGAAAACUUGCAAGCAUCUUCUACUGUAGAGAUACCUGAAUCAAUUGAAAAAUGGUUUGAGAAGAAAAAAACUGAUAUUUUGACUAGUAAUUCAGCAGAUAAUUUUUUAACACUAGUAAUUGAAACAGUUCUGGAUUUAAGUCAAUUACCUCCUACUGACUUUCUAACUUUAAAGGAUCGGGAAGGUAAUUCAUGGAAUGUUUGCAAAGGUGGAAAAAAAUCAGGUAUUGUUUUAGAGAGAUGGCUAAUAGAAUUAGAUAAUAAAUCAAGUACAUUCGAAAAUUAUAAAAUACAGCAUGAAGAAGAAUAUGGAGAUCUAAACAAUAAAGAGAACGAAAGAAAAUACAUUAAUGAGACGAAAAAGCAAAUAAUACUUUUGGCCAGAUACUUAUACACUUUAAUACAAUUGCUACCGACCAGUAAUCUAAUAGAAUAUAUUUCAAAAGGUGAUAUUAAAUCAAAAUUAAGUUUACAGAUCAAAGUUAUGGAUGGUUCUCAAACUAUUCUUUCGAAAGGGAGAAUUGGAUUAAGUAAACCAAUAAUCAACACAUAUGCAAAUGUUUUAAACGAGACUAAUAUACCAGCGCAUUUAGAGCAACGGAAAUUAACACCAAUAUGGACUGAACUUGGAUUAUUGAGAAUUUCUUCUUCCCUAAGAAUUGAUACUAAAUUUGAAAUUAAUAAAAUAGUUCCGGUAAAGUCCAAGUCGACAGAUAAUGGCUAUAAAAAUAUAGAGUAUGGUGCUAAAAUUAAUAGUCAAGAUUACGCUACUGAUGUCAGUGAACAUAACGCACUUCAAGAUACAGCAAGUAGGAAUAUGGACACGCUGGUUUCACAACCUGCCUUACAGUCCUCUCGAUCUCAAGGUAAUAAUGCAUUUAUUUCGGUUUCGCCACAUACUAAUAUGUUAACAGGCGUAUACUCAUACCCUUAUUCCACACAAAAUCACAGUUUAGGUAGUAGAAAAAGUUCUUUGUCAAAGAGUUUGAAUCCAUUCAAACAGGCUGUUGUUUUGAAUAGUGGUAAUAGUCCCCAAAUGUUACUGAAUAAUACAUCUAAUGCAUCUGUUGCAGCUGUGACGAAAAAUCAAAGAUCAAGGAACAGCUCCAUGUCAGCUGCAAAUACACACUCUCAUGACAUUCCAACGGAUAGUUUUAGUGUCGGUAGUGGGUCCAAAUAUUCCUCAUCAUUUAGUAGGCUGCAUCGUCAUUCGAGCAUUAAAUCAACUGAGAUUAAUGAAAACCAACUAAAAGUUAUUCCUAAACGUACCACUUCAUCAGAUGAUUUACUUGAUUUUAUGAAAUUGUUAGAAGAUAAACAAGAUUUAAAUGUUGGGAAAGCAGCUUCUAAACUAAAUACCAGCAUGAUUAUAUCAAAUUCGCUUCUGCAUUACCAGAAACUGAAACCUUCAAAUACCAUUUUAAGUGACGAUCUGUCAUUAAGUGUAAUUGGUGAACCUGGAUCAACUAGAAAUAGACGUGUUUCGGUAUCAAAUUCCUCAAUACCUUCAGUUUCUUCUCCUAUACAAUAUACAUCAAUUUACUCUAGAUUAUCAAAAGCAAAUGUUAAUGGGAGUGAUAUCCAUAAAGGGGGUGUGCAAGGUAAAGAAAGUUCAUACGAAAAAGAGAAAGCUUUAGAUGGAAACUCAGAAAGAAACCUAGGUACUUUUGGUAUCAGACCUCGAAGUUUAUCUAAUGAUAGUUUAACUUCUGUACAACGUAUUUUACCGAUUCAAAAAUUGUAUUCUGGAGACAAUUUUUCAUUUGAUGAGGAUGAAGAAAUGUUAGUAUCUGUACGGGGAUCACCAAAUAAUAAAUUGAAAAAAUCUGUAUCGCCACAUUCCAUUGAUAGCAUCAAUAGUUAUAUCUCUAAAAACAGAUUACCAUUUCAACAGCCAUCAUAUUACUCUAAUCCGACAACAGCGGCAGUACCUGCAUACGCAAAACUUCAUAAACCAAAUAUAUUAUCAACUGAAAUGUUAGAAGAGGAGAGCAAAAAGAAAGGAGAAGCUAAUAAUAGUGACAAUACUAUUGAUGAGAAUCAUAGUCGGCAUAUCAAAGAGGAUGAGGAUGAAUUGCUGUUUUUUAUGAGCGAUAUGAAUAUAUCAAAAGAUUAG